AUGGAUUUACGCCACACAACAGGAGAGGACGAAGAGGAGGUUGAGAAAACGAAGAGCGAUGCAGGAUUUGAUAUCUUGCGUGGCACGGGAUAUUCCUCAAGAUCUCCUGAUGGAGAUUCUGACGAGACUGCCUGUGAAAUCCGUGACGAGAUUGAAGUGCCUCUCAAAGUUUUGGUCAUCUCUCUUGUCGUCGAGAUAUUUUUGCAACCUAAACCUCGUCUUUACAUGUCUUUAUUGGAUUUGCACGACUACUCUAAGUCUCUUCUCCUAUCAUCCACUCCAGCAACUUCUCCGUCUUCAUUAGUAUUCGACCAAAAUUUGACCAUCAACGAGAUGGGAGGGUACUUCAUGCGCCUUCUUCGUGGCUUCAUUAGCUUCACAGUCCAUCACAAGGCACGGAUCUAUAACCCCACCACCAGACAACUUUUGUUCGUACUACUCGGCACAAUUACGGUAAUAUCAGUUCAAAUGCAAAAGAUAAGGUCAGAGAGUUGGGUCUUUGUUCUAGAAGCUGGUGGUUCGUGGAAACGGGUUGCGAAGGAGUUGCAUCCUCAUAUUCCUUCACAACUAGAACUCACUAUGAACGGAGUUUUAUAUUAA